CUUCGCUCAUGGGAGGGAUUUUCCGUCGCGGUGAGCUAAAGAUCUGUGACGCCGACUAUAAAACAAGGGAGCUUAGCGGCGCAUCAUUUAGAGUCAAGUCCGAGGACUGGCAGGCAGCAGAAGGCUAUUGUUGUAAAGAGCUUCACUUUCAAGUGCGUCACAGCACAGCAGAGCAGAGUGACGAGACAUGGCGGUUACCGUAAAAGCGUAUCUACUCGGCAAGGAUGAGGUGCAAAAGGAGAUCCGUCGCUUCACCGUGGACCAGGGAGUCUCUUCCAACUUCGAGUACCUGAGCCGCAAGGUGGCAGAUGUGUUUCAGAGCCUUGCGAAUGGGCAUUUCCAGAUGUAUUACAAAGAUGAAGAUGGAGACAUGAUUGCUUUCUCCACUGAUGACGAGCUCAUAAUGGGAUUGUCUUGCGUGAAGGAUGACACUUUCCGCAUCUUCAUUAAAGAGAAAAAGGAGAACAAACGUGAGAUGCCUCCUCACUUUGCUCCCGGGGCAGCCAUGUUCCCCUUUCCUCCUCCUCAGUUUCCUACGAAUGUGCUGCAUCCAGGGGUUACCUGUGAUGGCUGUGAUGGUCCAGUUAUGGGCACUCGCUUCAAGUGCACUGUUUGCCCCGACUAUGAUCUGUGCUCCCCAUGCCAGGCUAAGGGACUUCAUCGUGAGCACCCUUUGACUCCCAUGUGGAUUCCCAUGCACAUGGCUGAGUGGCUGCCCCGUGGAAAGUGGCUGCGUAAAAUGAGACACGGUUUUCCUCGUUGCAUGUGGGCUGCAGCCCAGAACCAAGCCCAGUGUGGCAAGCCUGGUCCUCAGUCCACUUCGGCAAGUGCUCCAGAGCAAGCAGCUGGAGGUGCUUGCAACCAAGAAAAUGUGGAUUAUUUGAAAAACAUCGGUGAGGAAGUUGCAGCCAUGCUGAGCCCCUUGGGCAUUGAUGUGGAUAUUGAUGUAGAGCAUGCGGGCCAGAGAACAAAAGUGACCCCAGGCACAUCUGAGUAUGCAGCUGCUGCCAAUGAAAAUGGGGAACCAUCAUCUUUCAAUGAGGACCCUGCAGAAACACCUAUGGAAAGUGAGAUACUUCCAUGUGAAAGUGUGCAGAGUGAUGGUGCCAGCUCCUUGGGACAAAAGGAAAUAGAUGAUGAAUGGACCCAUCUCUCCCCCAAGGAAGUUGAUCCCUCUACAGGGGAACUACAGUCUCUUAGGAUGACACAAGGGCUGGAAGAGCCUAAUUUUCCAAGUACUGCAGCAGAGGGCCCCACAGGCUUGAGAGAGGCUGCGAUUUAUCCUCAUCUACCCCAAGAUGCAGAUCCACGUCUGGUAGAGUCCCUCUCACACAUGUUAUCAAUGGGAUUUACAGAUGAAGGUGGCUGGCUGACUCGUCUCCUCCAAAUCAAGAAGUUUGACAUUGGUUCUGCACUUGAUGCCAUCCAAUAUGCAAAACAUCAUCCUAUGCAAAAGAAAUAGUUCACAAUUUAUAGAAUUGUGCAGAAAAGCCAGUUUUUAAUCCCAAUCUUUUUUGCUUAAACUGGCACAAUUCAGUUCUAUGAAAAAUCUAAAGCACUAUGCAGUUUCCUUACUAAUUUUCACUAUUGGACCAAAUUUAUUAUAGGAAAGGUUAGGGUUUUACUGAGUAUAAAAAGCCUGUUUAAAAGCCCGGCCAUAUUAAGGAAAAACAAAAACCUAAUGCCGUCAUCAUGGGAUGCUCAGUAAGUUUAGAUCAUUAGCCCUGAUUUAGAAGAGAGAUCAGAUUCAGCACAUAGAGGCCUGGUCCAGUCCUAACACUGCUGGUCAGGUUGGGACUUUUAUCCAGCUACUGGGCGCUCAGUGUCCAGCACAAUUAAUAAGAGAUUGUUUGUUUAGCAUUGGUGCUGUGAGUGAGAUUAGCAAGGAUUUUGUCUACUUGUAUUACUACUGUCUGUCAUUUUCCUCCUUUUAAAAAUAAAUGUUGAUCAGCAAAAUGUU